UUUUAGGUAUCCCCUUACAAAUUUAGGAACUAAAAUAACGGUUUCCGCGUAACAGUUACAAAACGAAACAAGCAUCAUCCACACUACACUCUAAUCCAUGGCGACAUUAUUUCUCAUCUCUAAUCCAAUUCCUCAAACUCAAACCUUCACAUUCCCUUCUUUGAGGGCCCCACCUUUCCGUACCACUCCGUCUCUUCUCCUCACCGCCUGCCGGAGACCGAGAGGCGCGACUGUGGUCACACGUGCGGGCGCCAGCACCAGUAGCUACGCCUUCGCGAUUGCUCUUCCUCUCUCUCUUCUUGCUGUCACCGUUUUCACUGCUCUUAGAAUUGGUGAGAAGCUCGAUAAAGAUUUCUAUGAAGAGAUGGCAAUAAAUGAAGCUAUGAUGGAAGUUGAUGAAGAUGAAGAAGAGGAAAUUGACGAUGACGUGGAAACUUAUUUACAAGAAGAACCGGUCCUUCCACGUGGCCGCAACAGGCCUAAAAGGGAAGCUUAAAUGUGAGAUGAUCUUUAGUAGACUUGCAAAUGAGUAGGGAGGGAUAAGGGAGUUGUUUAUCUCUAGGCUUCAAGUUUCCCUUAGUUCAUGUUACAUUGGUUUUCUUGCUAUUGUUCUCUUGCUUAAGCAACAAUCAUGUAAUAUGAAUCUAAUAUGUAAGUUUAUAAAGUGUUUAUAAUGUAACAGAGUAUUUGAUUUCUCCAA